UUGACAGUCGAGCUAGCUUCGAUAAAGAGCAGGGUUAGAAAUGGCUGACACCAUAGCUGAUACAAGAAGGCUCUUUACUAAGCCUCAGAACCUAAACGACGCGUAUGGACCACCGAGCAACUUUCUGGAGAUUGACGUGAGCAACCCAGAGACCAUCGGGGUCGGAAGAGGCAGACACACAACGUACGAAGUCAGACUGAAGACAAACCUUCCCAUCUUCAAGCUGAAGGAGUCGAGUGUACGGAGACGCUACAGUGACUUUGAGUGGCUCAGGGCGGAGCUGGAGAGGGAGAGCAAGGUUGUUGUGCCACCCCUGCCGGGUAAAGCGCUCAUCCGACAGCUGCCCUUCCGAGGGGAUGAUGGGAUAUUUGAUGAUUCUUUCAUAGAGGAGAGGAGACAUGGUUUGGAGCAGUUCCUUAAUAAAGUGGCCGGUCACCCUCUGGCCCAGAACGAACGGUGCCUGCACAUGUUUCUACAGGAUGAGUCUGUGGACAAGCACUACACCCCGUCCAAAGUCAGACAAGCUUAAGAAAGAGAAGAUGGCGCAGUCCGCUCCUACUCAAACCUGACUUGGCCCGCCCUCUCGGCUGAGCUCCGGCUACUGAACCCAAAGCGCUUUCUCUCACUCUUCACAGCUUCUGGUUCUUCUCAGACAAUUAUUUAAAAAAAAAAAAUCAAAGAUUAAUCCAGCCCCAAACUCCUUCCCCAAAUAUAAAUAUAUAUAUAUAUAUAUGAAUAUCGCUCACCACCCACUUUUAAGUUACCGCCUCCAUUUUUUAUUUCCCACUUUUAAUCACAGAGCAGCAUAAUGCGGUCUCGAGAUGUCUGGAAAUGCCACUAACAUGGGUGUAUAAUUGUAUUUAUCGUUAGCUAUAUGUCUUGAAUAUAUUCAUUUAUCUAGUAACUUUGAGCGUUUCCGUGUGUGUAAAGCUCUCGUAAGACCCACAAGUCAAAUCCAAUGUGUAGUCAGUAUUGGCAUGUCACAGAAUUAGUGGGCUUCAAGAUGAAAAAUAUAUGUACCCCUCCAGCCCAACUCUACAGAAACAACGAAGCAUGUGUGUGUGUGCGUGUGUGUCCAGCAACCAGCACUUGCCCUAUUGUCACCAUCGCUUUUCUAGAAAGUCAAUUUACACAGAGGGAACUGCAGUAUUUCUACUGGCUAUAUACGCAUUUUGAGAUUUAUAUACUGCUGUGCCAUUUUUUUGUUGUUUAUUUUGAAGAUUUUCCAAUAAAAUCGGUGAAAUGUCAAAUGCACAAUUGCAUAGUUUUUUUUAAAUUGCUUAUAAAUAUGUCCGUACGAAAGGGAACGAGAGCCGUAAAAGUAAUCUUAAUGAGAAUUUAGAUUAUUUGAGGUUAUAUGUAAUCGGGCUGCAGCUAUAUUGUUUUAGUAGUCGAUUAAUCAAUGAACUAGUUAGUUCGAAUAAAUAAGUAAUCGGAUUCGGAACAAAAAAAAUUAAAAUACCUGGGCUUUGCGUCAAAUGGUAUUUAAAAAAAAGAUGAUCCAAUUAUAACAAAAGAACAAUUGACUAAUUUGCGUAGCAAAAGUCUGCUAGCUUAAAUGCUAUAAAAUGCUAACUUUUUUUUAACAAUGUGCUUAACAAAUCGUUCAAACACAUAUUCCCACAAAAAGUAAAACGGCUAAAUAUACCUUUAAAUUACAAAUGCAUAAAAACAUUUGCUCAAACAAAAACUUACCUUAUGUUGGUCUUAUAAGGAAGCAUCUGGAUUCAGCCAUGUUAAAUGAGUUGUCAUAUUCACUGUUGCCGCUAGAGGGUAGUGUAUCCACCCAAAUCAGUAAAAUGCAAACACUUUCAAAACAAACCAUUACAACAUUAAUUAAACGAAUUCUCGAAGUAGCAAAAUUUAAUUCGAAGCUCUUUGUCUAAUCGAAUUACUCGAUCAAUCGUUGCAGCACUAAUAGGUAGUACAAUCCCUUAGAAAAUGAAUACAUUUGGUUUUGUUGUUAAAAAAAAUACUUAAAGACCUUAUUUUUUGUUAUAAAUAUGUAUUUAAAAAUGCUAUACAAUUAUUUAUACUGAUACUAAUAAUGCAUCAGAAUCGUAAGGUUUCUACAUUCAUAUGUACGGUAUGUUAUGAUACUUGCUGUAUUUAUGAUAUUGUAAAAACAUUUUUUGCCCAUUAAAAUUCCAACCCGUUUUCACUUUAGUUUCAAAAUCCCAUAUUUUUUCCAGUUUAUUUUCAUUUAACCAUGUGUACAGUGUUUUUUUGUUUUUUUAAGCACACUACACUGUAAAUUUAUACCGUCAUAAUCAGAUUAUUUUUCUUAAAUCUAGUCAAAAAUUUUCUGCAUCUUGUUUUGAGUGUUAAAGACUAGUUAAAAGGUUAAUGCGUCAGGUUAUUCCACUUUUAGUAAAUAUUACUAUUUAUUAUUAAACCCAUACAUCUCAAAGCUGGUAAUUAUUCACCUAACUCAAGAAAAAUUUGCUUUCAAAUAAUGUUUUGAACAAUAUUCUUGAAAUAAGAACAUUUCUGACAAGCUUUUUUAAAGAUUAAAUAUCCUCAUUUGUUGCUUAAAAUAGGUCCAAGUUUAUUGUCAGCUUGCUAUUUCUCUCAUUUCAAGAAGUCUGAGUCCGAUAUAAUUUAUUUCUAGUAUUUAUACUGAAAAACAAGAGAAUUUAACAAGUUUUAAGGAAGUGUGUUUUUGCAGUUUAAACUGACCAAUGUGGCAAUGCACUGAUUUCUAUCAAAAAUUGAGGGGGAAAAAAAACUUUUCAAUUCAUUGUCUUUUAUUCAUAUGGUUUCACCUCUAAAUAGUUAUAACUCCCAAGUAUUUACAACAGAAUAAAACCACCAUAUUUUUCAACAAAACAGCUCCCAAGUGCUGAAUAUUUUUUUUUAAUCCACGUUAGUGUCUAACUUUUAAGUUGACCUAUACAUUUUAAUGUUGCGCUUGGAUACAAACAUUUAAAUACACACCAAGUCCAUUGCAAAUCCCCCCUCCUUUUUCCCCACAGAGAUCAUUUUCUCUACAUUUCAAGGUGCACUUGAUUUUAACACCAGAUGAGGAGGGGGGUUUUACUGAUAUCACCCAUUCUCGUGUGUUUCUUUCAAUUUUUUUUUUUUUUUUUUUUGGUUUCCUCCACUUGGAUUGAACACAGCAAUAAAAUAUUAAAUUGGUCGUCAAGCUCAUUGGUCUCACAGACACUUGAAAUUAUUUUCAUAUAGAACAUAUCUUUGUCAAAUCACUUGGCAGCUGCUCCACAGUCUUUAGUCAUCUGUAUACAUGAAUAGCUCGCCUCUGUCCACACCAGUGCUUCUUUAUAGGUAAAUCUAUUACGGUGGUUACGCUAAUCCUUUAACUAGAGCCCCUGUUAACAGGCUAGUUGAUGAACUUGUUUUCUUGACGUGUCGUCUUUCAUACAGAUGUGCUUCUCCUAACUAUGGCGCUGGGUGGGUCCGUGGGCCCCCUCCGCCCCUUCAUGUUUAAGUCUUUUCACUCCAGGCAGGCGGGUUGGGCAGUGAGGUCAUAUGUCGCUGGAUUUGUACAUGUCGGAGAGGAGCCUGGUGAUAGGCACGUUGCCGAUGGUCUUCUUGAAAAAGACUUCCUCGAUGGUAGAAGGGCCGACCGAACGCAGAGACGGCAGGAGCAGCAGCAAUUUGCCAAAACGACAUGGUUGAGUUGGGUACCUGCAAUGCAUUAUUGUAGUUAACGGAAAAUACCAUCAAGCUCACUGGAGAUCACACAACUAAAGGGUUGCAAGAUUGUUCGCUUGUUUUACAAAAGUAGUGCUUCUUAAUUAUUUUCUAUUAUGUCCCCCCCAGGAAAACCUAAAUGCUUCACACACACCCCUCCCCCCUAACUCUCUGCCGCCUCUAAAUAGUAGCAUUUAUCUAUAAAAUUAAUAUUAUUAUAGGUACACCUCUGCAUAACAUUGUGUCCUUUUUAAUGUGAAAGUAAAAAAUGUAUAUCAACUUACAAUAAAGUAUAACUUUGUUAACAUUGUUUUUUUUGUAACAGAAAAGACUUAAAGUGCAUCACUUUGCCGGAAUUUAAAAAAAGAAAAAAGAAAAAAAAAUCAAACCUGAACUGUAAAAAUAUACUUAAGGUACAUUUUUGGACCAUUAUUACUGAAAAUUUUAAUAAAAAUAAUUAAAUAAUAAUACAUUCCAAUUGACAAGCAACUCUUAACUCAGGAUAAGAACAAUAUGCCAAACCAUUUGACCGAAAAAACACUAAUAGAACAGAAACGAGUGUCAUUGGACAGGGACAGUUUUUGCUUUUUUGCACUGACCAACUUGGUAUGCCACCGUAUAGGAUGCUAACAGUGCUCGCAGGUUUACUGAUGUGACACUGACAAAGUGGGAUGAUUGUUGGCUAUAUUCGCCACGUCUUUGCAUUAAAAAAAAAACAAGCGACUUGUCAAUGUGAUUGGGGUUUAAUGUUUUUAAGUGACGUAUUAAUUGAUUUGCCUUCUUGCUGUCAGUUGCAAACAUUUUUAGACCGACUGGGCUUUCCUCAUCCCCCACUGUAUUAAAAGUCAAAGCCAAACGCUGCAUACGCUUCGUCAUAUUUCCUCGUCUUAGCUCUUCAUAUCGCUCUUUGCUGUGUGCUCUUGUUUGGUUAAAAAUACUGCGCAUACUCUGAAAAUGGGCGCGCCACUGCCACCUAGAGUGGAUGUGCUAUUACAUUUUAUUCUAGUACAGCAAAAAAGUAUGUUCCCCGACGUCACAUGGGUCACUCUCGGCAUCGCUCUGACAAACACACUCCCCCACACACACACUCACACUAUUUGAGAAAUACCGUACUAAAGGAUGCUAUCCGAGACACUGAUAUGGAGUGUUGAUAUGGUAUAUUUUAACAUGUUUAAAAUUGAUCAGAUGUUAAAACUCAUUCACCCGAUUAAACCAAAA